UUUAAAAUUUCAAAAAAUAAUAAAAUUAAGCAUGAAUAAUUGGUCAAAUAUCGUAAAAGAAGAGAAAAAACCUUUCAACUUACGAGAAUGGCCUGAAAUUGGUUCAAAAAAUGCUGAUUCUGUGAUUAUGGAUUCCGAUAUCUCAAUAAAAUCUGAGCCAAUUUCAGUGAAGGAUGAACUCGAUUUUCCCUCCUUGAAGUCUUCCAAAGGAAAUUUUCGCCGUAAAAAACAUCACAAAGCCCAAAAAUUAUGCCAGGAACUCUCCAACGAGAAGCCUUUCGAGGUCAAAUACAGCAACAAAGUACAAAAACGUCUCACAAAGUCGUCAGAUUUGCAUAAAUUCAUGAACAAAAAACCAAUGAAGCCCGUAAAAAAUGCCGAAGUCGAAAAACUCAUGCAACGAAUUAAAGAGUCCAAAAUCGUAACGUUCAAAGGACGCAAACAGGAGUUCCCAAAGAAACGAAUUACGCGACUAAAAAAGAAUAUUUUACGAAUAAGGGCUGAAAAACAAAGAAAUCUAACAGACAUUUUCAGUGGCAAUACACAAGAAGUCAAAACUGAAGUCACUGAAUCGAUAGAAAAUUUAAAAAUUGAUUCUGACAUCAUCAAAAAAGAAGAAAAUUUUGCUAAAAAUCCAUUUUCUGCCUCACAAGAGAUCAUCCAGCAUUCCCGUCAAUUCCGCCCAUAUUGUACAAAUCUCACUUCUGACCUUUUAUGUGAGUUAACUGAAACAUUUCUCGUGCAACUGAGAAUUUUUCAGACGAAACAACACCAAAAAAAUCCCGAAAAAUGCAAAAAACGAUACGUGACGGGCUUAAAUGAGAUUCACAAGUUCCUCACAUUGAAGAAGAUUAAAUUGCUGAUAAUUGCUCCCGAUUUAGAACCAAGUCCCGGCGAAGGAGGUCUCGAUGAGAAAGUUCAACAGAUGAAAAGUAUGUGCGACGAAUGCCAUAUUCCGUAUGUUUUCUCUUUAAAACGUCGAAAAAUCGGAUAUUUAUUGUUCAAAAAGAUUCCCGUGAGUUGUGUUGGAGUCUUAAAUUACGAUGGCUGUGAAGAAUUAUACGGAAAAUUAAUGGAUGAGCUUGUUGAUCAAAUAGCUCGUUAUAAAAGUGCGAAAAUUCUGCCUUGAAAAUAAAAUCUCUCGAUUUUUUUUU